CUAGCUGCAUUCACAUCCACAACCGGUCAGGCGCUCGAGACGUUCCUUAGUCGGGGAGCGCCUUACCGAGAGCAGCCGCGUCCAGGGGCGCCCGGGAGCAAGGCCGAGCCAUUGCCCUAUCAGCCCUGUCCAAAUCGUGGCAAAAAGGCUUCCCUGUGGCUUUUAGCUUGAUGCCGAGUUUUGCCCUCUGGCCAAUACUCACUAUCCAAUUCCGUUUUCAUUUGAUACCUGGAUGUUUGCUUCUCCAACUCACUCAUAGCCACGGAGUAUCAACCCUUCGACACUGGAGGUAGCGAACACCGAGCCGCCUGCAAGCAGGCGGACGGAGUGUGUCCCGUGUUCGCAGGACGCCCGUCGUGCUUCCAUGGAAGAUAAACCGAACCCACCGGGCAACCCAACAGAGCUCCCCGUACAACAAGAUUCUCCCGCCGGUGUGAUCCCGGCCCCUAUGCGCGUUGCUGGGCCGGGCCACCUUGCUCCCCCAAGUUCACACCCCGGGCCACUUCACGAACAACCAGUCACCUCACGGGACGCCUUCACAUCCCAACUCGAGAUAUCCCGUCAACCGAGCAUGGCGCCCCUGGACCUGCGCAACUUGGCGAAUGCGUUACCACAACCGCCACCAUACCAAGGGCAAUCUCAUGGGCACGGCCACGGUCCGCAGGGAUACCACCGCCGCGCGGUGCUCUCGCCUGGACCGGCGACGCAAGUCUCCGCUACUCAAUUCGGGCCACCCAAUCCCACGGUCACUAUCCCAGGCCAGCCGUUCUACGUUCCGCAGCAUCCCCAUGCGCCCUACUUCUACCAGAACACCCUACCGGUACAGCAACUCCCCCCUCUGCCCCCGAGAGCCAACGUUUACUAUCCAAGUACGGUGCUCGCCAACCCGCCGGUUCCUGGAAUGCCGUUCUACUACGUUCCAGCUGGACCCUUUCUGGGGCAGAACUCCCACGCUCAAGGCCAUGUGCCCCUGGGAUACCAUAGAACACCCGACUCCCAUCAGCCUCCGGAUUUAAGGACCCGGCAACCGCAGCAAUGGGUCCAGGAGGCACAACCGGGGCCACCUGUCCAGCCAGGCAACGGGACCAUUAAGAACCGCCAAAGCAUCGUCCGAGGGCCUCCAAUGAAACCCCGCCAGAGCGGUCACGCUAUUUGGAUCGGAAAUCUUCCCCCGCAGACAGACUUGAUGAGCCUAGUACACCACGUGUGCAACGAAACGGAGGGGUUGGAGUCGCUCUUCCUCAUCCCGAAGAGCAACUGCGCGUUUGCCAACUUCAAGGACGAGCAGUGCUGCUCCGCCGCACAGCGGAAGCUGCACGACUCCAGGUUCAUGGCCGUCCGGCUGGCGAGCCGGCUGCGGAAGAGCACAGUGGAGGGCCCAGCAGGCGUCACGGCGCCCACGGGACCAGCGGCAUCGGCACCGCAGCUAGGAGCGUCCCAGGACACGAACAUUUCCGGGGACGACGAGACUGGGGGCCGAGAGAAAGGGGCCACGGAAGCUACCCCGCCCGCGAGCACCGCAGAAGCGAAAGAGAUUGGUCACUCGGCAGAUGACAGGCCACCGCAGAAGGAUAGAUUCUUCAUACUCAAGAGUUUGACGGUUGAGGACCUCGAGCUGAGCGUCCGGAACAACACGUGGGCUACACAAGCACACAACGAGGAGAGACUGAACUCUGCUUUUAAGACUUCAGACAAUGUGUACCUCGUAUUCUCGGCGAACAAAUCGGGCGAGUACUUCGGUUACGCCCGCAUGGCGUCGGCGAUCAAUGAAGACCCGGCGGCGGCCAUCCAGUUUGCGCCCAGCGCGCAAUCCAACAGCGAAGUCGAUCUGCCGAGGGUGAUACCCACCGAGCCGACGGGGCGCACGCCCAAGGGCCGCAUCGUCGACGACUCGGCCCGCGGCACGAUCUUCUGGGAGGCGGAUCGGGACGACAAGGGUCUCGAGGCGGCACCGGAUGACGACGGCCCCGGCGACUCGGCGGCAGGCGGUGACGCGCGGAGCGUCCCGAGCAGCCAGGAGGGCAGCGGGGCCGAGCCGCAGGCUUGGGGCAAGCCGUUCCGACUCGAGUGGCUGUCGACGACGAGACUCCCGUUCCACCGCACGAGAGGGAUGAGGAACCCGUGGAACUCGAACAGGGAGGUCAAAAUUGCGAGGGACGGCACCGAGCUUGAGCCCUCGGUGGGCAGGAGGCUGAUUGGGCUCUUCAACCGGGCGCAGACCCCGGCCUUGGCCAUGGGUCCCGGCGCCGUCCCGCUCAUGGGCCCGCUAGGUGUCCCCGUGUACCCUCCUCCAAUGCGCUAGCAAAUCAAGCCCGGAACGGUGGUGAGGGAGGGUGCAACUGUAGCUACCAUACUGUUCGGCGGCGGCUCGCUGUGGCGUUGUGUUCGUGGAGAUACCGGCCAAGCAAACAAGGGGCUACAGAGUUGCGGCGCGAUGCAUGUUGGGCUAAUGGCCGUUCGGGGUGAGGUUAUGGUUGACCUGACCGGACCCCCCCCCUGUUGACCUGACCGGCAGGGGUGGAGCUGACCUGACCUGACCCAUAUACUGCAUUUGCCCUACCCACCUAAGUGCUCAAUUUUCCUAAAUGCCGCAUUGUCCUCCUCUUCCUUUUUCCACCUUCUUUCUACUUGUUUAAACCGAAGUUUGAUGUCAAACUGGGCAAUCACUUUGGAAUCGAUUCCAAAUGGAUUCCAAAGAAAAUUUGCCAACCUUGCUACCUUGUUGGGGGUUUGGCCAAAUAGCCGAGGAGACCGCCUAAUAGGUUGCGCAAGAGCUUAAAGAUACUCCUAACCUCCUAGAGGUAGCUAAGGAGGGGGUUAACCAACCUAUUAGCGACAAUAUCGCAAAGGUAUAUAGAUUACUAAUCGUUUAUUAAGUAGGUCCUAAUUGAUAAUAAAUCGUUUAGCUCGAUAUACUAGUCUAGAUCA